UGUCAGCAGAAUAAGCUUGGGUGAACCCAGACAAGCCUGUUGAACAGCCUAAACAACUGCUUUUAAGCCCCUUGUUUUUCAAUAAAGAUGAGAUUGCUGUCUUUGUUUACAAUAAAGAUGGGAUUGCUGUCCUUCCGAAAAGAUUUGCUUAGAGUCCAUGAUUGGUGGCCAGAGUACACAGCCAAUCUCAGUUGAGAUUGAGAAUCAGUCAGGUAUGAGUCAUACAGCCUAACCGUAGACUGGUUUUGUUUUCCAGGUGAGCCUUAGAGCCCCUGACCGAUGCAGAAUCUUCUGAAAGCGAUCAUACUGCGUACACCACAUAUACCUAUAGUGUGUAUUCAGGGAUAAACCAGCUGCCUUGUGCAACUGAUAAACACCAGGGCCAAGAACAUUAACAAACGAAAUAGAUGAAGUGGUGAGUUAAAGCGCUUAACCCAUUCAAUUGUGGGGCCCAAGGGGAGAGUCUGGUAUGAGCUAUCAUUUUGUCCCUACUAAAAGUUUCACCUAAUAAUGUCUAAAACUAGGACACAUGCCGGUUGAAAUACCACAUUUUAACCACCAAGUGUUGCUUUGUGACACGUGAUCAACCAUUUGGCUAACCUGACAUACUUUCAAAUUCACACUAUGAAAAAAAAAAACCUCACAGCACACAUGAAUGUACACACAAAUUCACGAAAGAGGGAGUGAGAGGGGGGCAGGGUGGUUUCAAUUUCCAUUGCAAAAGGCCUAUGCAUCACUCUGCAGUAGAAAACCUGUUGCCCUGUCCCCUAAAAACUCAUGUCAUGACCCCAUGAACAGACAGGCGAAACAAUGCCUGUGAUUGCCUGUAUGUAGGGGACAGGACUAUUACAACAUCUCCCUAGUGCACAAAACACAAAAACAUUAUAUGAUGAUGGCUGUUGGAGCUACAUUAGUUUGCUUUCAGUAGUGUUCAUUUUAUUAAGCAAUUUGUUUAUUAUUAUGAUUUUGCUCACAUUAGUUAUAUAUAUUUUAGUAAUAUUAAUAGCUACUCUCUACAUGACAUGCACAUUCAUGCAGAAGCACAGACACAGACACACCAGUAACAGUCUGCUGUAUGGCAGGUGUGUGAUAUGGCACACACACACACACACACACACACACACACACACACCAGUAACAUUCUGCUGUGUGGCAGGUGUGUAAUAUGACACAUGCACACACACACACACCAGUAACAUUCUGCUGUGUGGCAGGUGUGUGAUAUGGCACAUGCACACACACACACACACAUACACCAGUAACAUUCUGCUGUGUGGCAGGUGUGUGAUAUGGCACAUGCACACACACACACACACACACACACACACACACACACAUACACCAGUAACAUUCUGCUGUGUGGCAGGUGUGUGAUAUGGCACAUGCACACACACACACACACACCAGUAACAGUCUGCUGUGUGGCAGGUGUGUGAUAUGGCACAUGCGCACACACACACACAUUUUAGAUACUUUAUUCAAUUCCACAUUACAAGUAAAUUUUCAUUAGGAAUCAAAUGUUUUGAAUGAUCAAACAGAUUAAACCACAUCAGCGCCUUGUUAUGUAUGACAAUACAAUCUCAGGGGUACAGAAAACAUCUCCUUUUCCAAGUAAACAUGCUUCCUAUAAUGGCUGAAAUUGAGCAGUACUUUACCAGCUGUUUGGCGCAUGGUGUUUGUAAAUUGCUCCGCUUUGUAUUGCCUGCUUAGAGGCAACUUGGAUGGAUGUUAUCAAACACAUAACAAUGAGUGCUGUGCGUAAAAUCAUGUCGGAAAAUUCUCUACAUUAACGGCGGCAGUUACGACGGGGUGUUUGUUUGGCCUAGUGUGGCAUAGGGAGGUCAGACUGGCGUGCGCUCCGCUCAGCCGCCAUGACACACACACACACACACAUACACCAGUAACAGUCUGCUGUGUGGCAGGUGUGUGGCAUGGCGCGUAGCUGGAGGGGGGGGCCAGAGAAUGUAUUGGUGGUGGGGCUGCUGAUGCUGCUCCUUUCCCAUGUUCUCACUGGAGAAAAGAUAUUCAACAUCGUGGCUGGCCAUGCGAUGCUGCUGGUCUGCCCUGGGGCUGAGGGGUACAAUGUGACGUGGAGGCGGGAGGACGCACCACCGCUGGACGCACUUCCUGGGAUGGAGCUCAGGGACAACGCUCUGUGGUUCCUACCUGCUCGACCCGAACACAGCGGAGUAUAUGUGUGCAGUGUUGAGUAUGCCAUUAAGAUAAGGCUCAACGUGGGCAGCCAGCCUUGUCCUGAGGCAGAUCGUGACGUCGAUGAGAGACUGCACACACACGCUUGGCUAAACUGUGCGAUGGGCCACAUCUCCAGGGUGUUCACGCCCACCUCCAUCACCUGGAUGAAGGAGUGUAAGUGUGUGGAGAGAGCAGACAGUAUGGAUCUGGAGUUUCUACAAUUGAAACAGACAGAUGCAGGAAAUUACACCUGUGUACUAAACUUCACCUACGAGGGCAACAACUACACAUCCGCCCGCACCACCCAGCUCGUUCUUCAAGAGAUUUACGAACCGAAGAAACCGCUGAUUAAAGUCCCGGUUAACGAGACACGAGUGGUGGACAUGGGUUCUCGGCAAGACUUGCGUUGUGAGGCCACUAGCGAUGAAGAGGAUGUUACUAAGAUAUGGUGGCAAGUGAAUGGGACUUUCAUCAUGUAUCCUGACUCAGACUUCAACAUCAGUAAAGUAGACUUCAGAAAAACAAAUGUGAACACUCUGACCAUCUACAAGGUUCAACCAAAGUUUCUCAACGUCCCAUUCGUUUGCACUGCUCAAAAUAACAUGGGCGAUGUCAAAAGUACAGUAGUGCUUGUGCAAGCCAAUCACAGACACUUUUACUGGCUGAUUGCAUUGGUGUGUCUCAGUGGACUGGUGAUGGUGUGUCUGCUGCUUUGCUGGUUCUUCAAAGUGGACCUAGUGUUGUUCUACCGCAGCCACUGCAUUGGACGACCCAAACACAGUGAUGGUAAGCAAUAUGAUGCAUAUGUUAGUUACCCUUGUGAGGGACAGGGUGAUUCCAUGGCAUUGACCUUUGCUCUCCGGGUUCUUCCUGAGGUUUUGGAGAAUAAGCACGGCUACAAGCUGUUCAUCAGAGGCCGGGAUGACAAUCCAGGCGAUGAGGUGUUUGAUGUGAUUGAGGAUGCUCUGAAGAGAAGCCGCAGGUUUAUCAUAGUGCUGGAUGAAACCCAGACUGACACUAACACGGGUGCGGAGACCAAGGCCAACACACAUGUGCAAACGGCCACCCACACAGAAACACGCAUAAGCCUGUUGGCGCAACCAGCCACUCGCACAGAGACACCCAUGCUGCUGGACGCACACACACAUGCAGACGCCCACCUGGUGCCCCGGGCAGCGGGCAGUGAGCACUUCGAGUGGAGUGUGGGGGUCUACGAGGCCCUGAUAUGCUCGGGGCCCAAAGUCAUCAUCGUCCAGACGGGCGAGAGUUCCACAGGAAACAGCCUCCCACUGUCGCUCCAAACUCACACACACUCCAAACGAACGCUUCGCUGGACCAAACAUACACAAGCAUACUCCAAUAGAAGAUUCUGGAAGGAGAUGAGAUACCUGAUGCCAGUUACCCAGAGACCUAGUCACAACACAUCCAGUGCAUGAGAAGAACAGGCGUAGUCACAACACAUAGGCAGUAUUUAUGAUGCAUGUAUUUAAAUUCAAAAUAGUAUUUUGUCAUUUGUACUUUAUUAGGUUGAAGAAAAAGGCUGCAUAUACUGUAUCAAAAUACUUUAUAGGCAUUUGUCACAAUCAAGACUGUAAGAAAUGUAUCCAGAGGUUGAUGACACCCAUUUCAAGUGCGGAGUUACUCCCUGCCAUCUUAGUAAUGUUUGGAAUUCUAUCAAUAUCCUUUCAGACAUUCUGCUAGUAUAAUUAGAGUCAUGCCCUCUACUAGCUAUGUUUGGUAUGAUCAACCGCUUUUUACUUUAUAAAUCAGUUUCUUUUCUCUU